GCGGGGCGCCGCAGGGUGGCGCCUGGGCCGCGGAGGGAGAGACGCGCUCGCGCGCCUGCGCACACACAGGCCCGUUCCUCGCCGUGUGAGCCUCUGCUGCAAGCCGGUCGGUGUGUGUCGGUCGCGGAGCAGCAGCAGCAGCGCCGUCUGCGCGUGCGCGAGGAAGGGAGCCGCCCGCCCGAGGUGAAAAAAGGAGGGAGCCGCUGAGGAGGCGCCGCCGCCGCCGCCGCUUCCCGCCUCCCCCGGCCGGCCGCGAGAGGAGGACCCCCGCCAGGAGCCCGCCACGACGGAGGAGGAGGCAGCAGCAGCAGGAGCCGCGGCCAUGAGCGACCGGGAGCAGCUGCUGCAGCGAGCCCGCCUGGCCGAGCAGGCGGAGAGAUACGACGACAUGGCCGCCGCCAUGAAAGCGGUGACUGAGCUGAAUGAGCCCCUUUCAAAUGAAGACAGAAACCUGCUCUCCGUAGCAUACAAGAACGUAGUUGGUGCUAGGCGUUCUUCUUGGCGUGUCAUCAGCAGCAUAGAGCAGAAAACCAUGGCUGAUGGGAAUGAGAAGAAGCUGGAAAAGGUGAAAGCGUACAGGGAGAAGAUUGAGAAGGAGUUGGAGACGGUGUGCAACGAUGUUUUGGCCCUCUUAGAUAAGUUCUUGAUCAAGAACUGCAGUGACAUUCAGUAUGAGAGCAAGGUCUUUUACCUGAAAAUGAAAGGCGAUUACUACCGCUAUUUGGCAGAAGUCGCUACAGGCGAGAAGAAGAACAGUGUCGUGGAAGCAUCGGAGGCUGCUUACAAAGAAGCCUUUGAGAUCAGCAAAGAGCACAUGCAGCCCACGCACCCCAUCCGGCUGGGCUUGGCGCUCAACUUCUCCGUCUUCUACUAUGAAAUCCAGAACGCCCCCGAGCAGGCCUGCCUUCUCGCCAAACAAGCCUUCGACGACGCCAUAGCAGAGCUAGACACGCUCAACGAGGAUUCCUACAAGGACUCCACCCUCAUCAUGCAGCUCCUGCGAGACAACCUCACUCUCUGGACAAGCGACCAGCAGGAUGAGGAAGCAGGCGAGGGUAACAACUAAAGAGCUUUCCACGUCACAGCUUUCCAUCCGCCGCCACCUCAUCACCAUCACCAAUACUUCUUUGCCACGACCACACUAUGUAUCUAGUGCUAUAAGCAUAUCUGUAUUGUUGGCACAGCUGUGAGUUCUGCCAGAGGCUGCGUCAAGACAGGUCUCCAUGGGCGUUGCUGGACUGAAUGGUGUGUCAGCCCUGUUAACCAUAGUGGCAUAUUAAUUGUGCAGAAAGAAACUUAAAAUGAGGCAUUUUAGUUUCAUUUGAUUCAUAAAAUAUGGGUUAAUAAAAUAACGGGAAGUGAUUGAGGAGUUGAUCAGAAAUCUAGUCCUUUACUUUUCCACUUGGAAAGGAGUGGAUAUUGUGUGUGUGCUCAGCAGUACGCCUUGUACGUGCAAAAUGUAUGAUGAACGCGCCAAUGCCCUUCGCCCAGUGGAAACUGUGAACUGAUUCUGUCCUAGUUGUCAACUUUAGAAUGUGAGGUUCUGUAACAAUCUGUGUUUGCCUCUUAUGUGCACAGACUUGGCUUCAGGCAAUGCAUCUUGAGGUUUUGAUACUUGUAACCUUUUUUGCAGUUGUUUUGAAGAAUCAUGAUUUAUUUUUUUUGUAAAUUCUUUGCUGCUCAGUUGCCUGUGUAUUCUGACAGCGCUGUGUCAAUGUUUGCCCAUGUUAUGGUGGAUGAUAAUGAGAUGCCAGUCUCCUAAAUUAAGUGUUUUGGAAUGAAAGAAAAUAAACUGCUGCUUUGGGGAGAUUA